GGCACCCAGCUCUGUCGAGGAGGGGGUGGCCGGGGGGAGCCGGCCCGGACCGUCCGAGAUGUGGCUCAAACCGGAGGAGGUGCUGCUCAAGAACGCGCUCAAGCUGUGGCUCCUCGAACGGGCCAACGACUACUUCGUGCUGCAGCGGCGCCGGGGCCACGGGGAGGAAGGCGGCGGCAGCGGGGGGCUCACAGGCCUUCUGGUUGGGACACUUGAUUCGGUCUUAGACUCAACUGCUAAAGUAGCUCCAUUUCGCAUCCUCCAUCAGACACCAGGUUCUCAGGUUUAUUGGUCCAUCGCAUGUGGAGCCAGCCGAGAAGAAAUAUACAAGCACUGGGAGUGGUUGGAACAAAAUGUCAUGAAGACCUUAUCUGUGUUUGACUCAAAUGAAGAUAUUACUAGUUUUGUGCAUGGAAAGAUAAGAGGACUUAUUGCCGAAGAGGGAAAAGAUUCUCUUGUAAAAGGCGAAGAUCCUGAGAAACUUCGAGAAGCUCUCAUGAAAUUUGAGAAAUGCUUUGGUUUGGCCAAACAGGAGAAGUUGGUGACCUAUUAUUCAUGCAGUUAUUGGAGAGGACGAGUUCCUUGCCAGGGUUGGCUCUAUCUUAGCUCCAACUUUCUCAGUUUCUAUUCUUUUUUGUUGGGAUCAGAAAUUAAGCUUGUUAUCUCCUGGGAUGCCAUCUCCAAACUGGAAAAAACAUCAAAUGUCCUUCUCACUGAGAGUAUCCGUGUGUGUUCCCGGGGGGAGGAUUACUACUUUUCUAUGUUUUUGCACAUUACUGAAACAUUCUUUCUCAUGGAGCAGCUGGCCAACUAUGCGGUCAGAAGACUUUUUGACAAGGAGACAUUUGAAAACGACUUAGCCCUCAAUGAUCCUCUUAAAAUCACCAAAAGAACGAUGGAGGACCUGGCACGCAGCGAGCAGUUCAGUUCAUUUUUUAGGCUCCCCAAAGAAGAGAACCUGAAAGAAGUGCAUGAAUGUUUCUUACGGGUCCCAUCCAGCCACUUGAGUGCUCAUGGGAGAAUGUGUGUUUUUGAAAACUACAUCUGUUUUGCCAGUCAUGAUGCCAGUCUCUGCAGUGUAGUCCUUCCACUAAGAGAGGUCCUUGCUAUAGACAAGGUGAAUGACUCUAGCCAGUCAGUCGUCAUUAGCGUCAAGGGAAAGAAAGCCUUCCGAUUCUCUGACGUCAGGGACUUUGAGCAGCUUGUGGCAAGACUGAAACUUAAGUGUGGAGCAGCUUCCAUUCCCCAGCAGGAUGUUAGCACAGAGCCUGUCCCCAGUCCUGACCCCGGGAGCUCAGGGCACUCUUCUAAGGAGCCCUCUCUGAUGGGACAGAAAGAUUGCAGUAAGACUGUGAGCACACAAGCUUUAAUGACAGAAUUCCACCCUCAAGAUCUGGAGAAUCUUGAUUCCAAAAUGCUGAAAGAGAAGAUGAAGGAACAAUCAUGGAAUAUACUCUUUGUGGAAUAUGGCCGUGGCGUUAGCAUGUUCCGUACAAAAAAGACUCGAGACUUGGUUGUGAGGGGUAUUCCUGAGACUUUAAGAGGAGAACUGUGGUUGCUUUUUUCAGGUGCUAUUAAUGAUAUGACUACUAACCCAGGCUAUUAUGCUGACAUGGUCGAGCGGUCCUUAGGGACCUAUACAGUGGCUACUGAUGAAAUUGAACGGGACUUGCGGCGCUCCCUGCCUGAGCACCCGGCCUUUCAGAGUGACACUGGGAUAUCUGCAUUGAGGCGGGUACUCACCGCAUACGCAUACCGGAACCCAAGAAUUGGCUACUGCCAGGCAAUGAACAUUUUGACAUCGGUGUUGCUUCUAUAUGCAAAAGAAGAAGCAGCCUUUUGGCUUCUGGUUGCCGUGUGUGAACGGAUGCUGCCUGAUUAUUUUAAUCACCGGAUUAUUGGUGCCUUGGUGGAUCAAGCGGUCUUUGAGGAGCUGAUCAGAGAGCAUCUCCCUCAGCUGACAAGUCACAUGACUGACAUGACCUUCUUUUCCUCAAUCUCCCUCUCCUGGUUCCUCACCCUCUUUAUCAGUGUGCUUCCUAUUGAAAGUGCUGUGAAUGUCGUGGACUGUUUCUUCUAUGAUGGGAUAAAGGCCAUCUUACAGCUGGGAUUGGCAGUGCUUGACUAUAACAUGGAACAACUGCUGACGUGUAAAGACGAUGCUGAAGCUGUCACAGUGUUAAACAGGUUCUUCGACAAUGUCACUAACAAGGACAGUCCAUUGCCUUCGACUGUUCAACAGGGCUCAACUACAAGUGAUGCCAAAAGCCAUCAGACCAAAGUGGAUAUCACAGAUUUGAUUAGAGAAGCAAAUGAGAAAUACGGCGCAAUUCGCUACGAGGAUGUGUACAGCAUGCGCAGGAGAAGUCGGCUGUAUGUGAUCCAGGUGCUUGAGGAAACCACAAAGCAGAAUGUGCUCCGGGUUGUAUCACAGGAUGUCAAAUUCGGCCUUCGUGAAUUAGAAGAACUUUAUGACAUCUUUAAGAGAGAGCACUUUUUGUCUUGUUACUGGAAUUUGACCAGCACCACCCUCAGGCACCAUGACCCCAGCUUGCCGUACUUGGAGCAGUAUCAGAUUGAUUGCCAGCAGUUCCGAAUACUGUAUCAUCUCUUGAGUCCCUGGGCUUAUUCUGCCAACCGGGAUUGCUUGGCACUCUGGACCUUCCGAUUGCUGGAUGAAAACUCUGACUGCCUUAUCAACUUCAAAGAGUUCUCCUGUGCAUUUGAUAUCCUGUAUAAUGGAAGUUUUACUGAGAAGCUUAAGCUACUUUUCAAGCUACAUAUUCCACCAGCUUUUACCGAAGUGGAGUCUGUGAGCCCAUCAAAAGGAGAUCGACUUUCCGAGGAUGAACUUCUCCGCUUCAGCCAGUUCCAUGUUUCCUUACCCGCACAUGGACAGGAAGUAGGAUCAGCGAAAGGCAACCCAGAGAAAGGCAGGGGGAAACUCGAUGUUCAGGCGUAUCUAAAGCAGUGGCAAGAUGAACUUCUCAAAAAAGAAGAAAACAUUAAGGAUUUACCCAGAAUGAAUCAGGUACAAUUUAUUCAGCUCUCCAAGACCUUUGAUAACUUGUUUCAUGGGCAUCCUGAGGAAGAAGAGUUAUACCAGGCCAUCGCAGUUGUGACCAAUCUCUUGCUCAGGAUGGAAGAAGUGGGGAGGAGACUUCAUGGCACAAUGUCACCCACCAAAGAGAAGGCCAGUGACUCCACCACCAUAGGGGACCCUGGUAACAGCAGCACCCCUCAGCCGACUGAAGCAGCAAAGGAGCUCUCCCCACUUAAAGAGGAACACCAGUGGUCUUUUGCUUUUGAGCAGAUCCUUGCAUCAUUGUUAAAUGAGCCUGUCAUAGUGAGGUUUUUUGAAAAACCAGUAGAUGUCCAAGCCAAGUUAGCAGAUGCAAAAGCCUCCCAGCUGAGUUCUAGAACAAGGGUGUAAUUUACCAGCGUGGAACCCAUUUUUACCAAGGAUUGCCUGAAGUUUACCAGGGUCCAUUGAGCUCAUUCCCUGUGAUCCCUGGGAAGAAACCUCAGGGAUUUAGCUUUAUGUGGCACAGAUCUAUUUGAAGGAAACCAAGGUACCCCAAAGCACAAUUCCA